AUGCUUUUCUUUAUCUUCUUUGCACUGCUGCUUCUCAAUGCCUUCCCUAAUGAGGGAGUGAUGGCCGAGGAAAAGAAAGUUGAGGAGUGCAAUGAUCGUUCUCGUUUGUGCCCACAAUAUAAAGAGGAGGGCAACUGUGUCUCGAAGGAGAAAGACAAAAUUGAACUUAUGAAGCACAAUUGCAAAAAGACAUGCGACUUGUGCAAGAAGUAA